GCCCUACUCGUGCCGCCAUUCACUGCUGCAGCUGUCAAUCACCGGGUCCCUGCCAGUGAUUGCUCGCCGGUGCUUUGUGAUUACCGAGGAUCUCCGACGGGGAGGAGAACUGUUUUGUUAACCUCCUUGGCGGUGUUCCCGAGUGUAGCUCGGGGUAGAAUUUCUAUACCAAGAAUGUGAAGCACACUGACACGGCCCCCUAGUAAAACACUCCCUGCACAAAGUUAACCCUUUGAUCGCCCCUCAUGUUAACCCCUUCCUGCCCAGUGUCAUUAGUACAUUGUCAGUACUUUUUUUUUAGCACUGAUCACUAUAUUGGUGUCACUGGGGAUGUCAGAGACACCAAGUCAGUUCCCCCCAGUGUCAGAAUGUCCACCGCAGUCCCGCUAUAAGUCACUG